AUGACUUCUAUUACUAAAUCAACUAUUCAAGAAAUUGCUAGUAGAUCAGAAGAAAUCAUUGAUAUUAACAAUGAUUAUAACUUUAAUGAAAUAGUUGAUUUAGCAGAAGAAAACAACAGUCAAUUAGAUAUAGCCGAGAGUAUUGAUUUGCAAUUUACAAUAUUAUCAGAUAAUAUUAUAUCUGAAUGUGAUGAGGAAGAUUAUGGAAUUAAUCAUAGCGAUUCAAAUUUUGACAUCAAUGAAAUGAUUGAAAAUAUUGAAUAA